UCUAUCAGUCUCAUCUUCUAUAAAACAACCAACCAUUUCAAACCAACAUGCAAUCGGUCGUCAUGGGUGUCGAAGAAAUACCUUCUGCACGCGCCACCGCAACUGCAACCAACACCGCUUCCGGAAACGCCGCAAAAGUGAAGAAACUCACUCUCAUCCCUCUUAUAUUCCUCAUCUACUUCGAAGUUGCCGGUGGUCCCUACGGCGAAGAGCCCGCGGUUCAAGCGGCGGGCCCCCUCCUUGCUCUCCUGGGCUUCCUCAUAUUCCCCUUCAUCUGGAGCGUCCCCGAAGCCCUAAUCACUGCGGAGCUAACCACCGCCUACCCCGGCAACGGCGGCGUUGUGCUGUGGGUGGAACGGGCCUUCGGCCCCUUCUGGGGCUCCCUAAUGGGAACGUGGAAGUUCCUGAGCGGUGUCAUCGACAUCGCAUCUUUCCCCGUCCUCUGCAUCGAAUACGUCCAAAAAAUCUUCCCCGUUCUCCGAUCUGGCUGGCCCCGCCAGGUGGCAGUCAUAGCUUCAACCCUGGCUCUUUCAUUCCUGAAUUACACCGGCCUCACCAUCGUGGGCAAUGUCGCUGUGUUACUCGCUGUGGUUUCUCUCUCCCCCUUCGUGUUAAUGUCCCUCAUCGCCAUCCCCAAGAUUAAACCGCAUAGGUGGGUUAGCUUGGGUCAGAAGGGGGUUAAGAAAGAUUGGAACUUGUUCUUCAACACGCUCUUCUGGAACCUCAACUUCUGGGACAACGUCAGUACCUUAGCCGGGGAAGUUGAUAAACCGAACAAGACUUUCCCUUUGGCUCUUUUUGUUGCAGUCAUUUUCACCUGCGUCUCCUACUUGAUCCCUCUCUUCGCUGUCACUGGAGCAGUAUCGGUUGAUCAGAACCAAUGGGAAACUGGGUUCCAUGCGCAGGCUGCGGAAAUUAUCGCAGGGAAAUGGUUGAAAAUCUGGAUUGAAGUCGGGGCAGUAUUAUCGGCAAUUGGUCUUUUCGAGGCCCAUUUGAGCAGCAGCGCGUACCAGGUUCUGGGCAUGGCGGAGAUCGGGAUUCUACCCAAGUUUUUCGGAGUUAGGUCAAAGUGGUUCAACACGCCUUGUUUGGGGAUGUUGUUGGAGUUUGCAUCGUUUCUUUGGCUGAGGUGGAAGUCGCCCUCCAUUGAAAGGCCUUACCGUGUUCCCCUGAAGCUGCAACUGUUGGCAGUGAUGUGCUUCAUAUCCUCUGGUUUUCUGGUUUUCAUAAUGGUUAUUGCUACCAAAACUGUUUAUUUGGUGAGUGGUGUCAUGACUGUAGCUGGAAUUGGGUUUUUCUUGUUCAUAAAAGUCUGUAAGACAAAGAAGUGGGUAGACUUCAGCCUCGAGGAACAGAAAGAAACCCCUUUGAAACGCAUGUGUUUUGAUGGAAUCAAAAUUCAAGUGUAA